UUUACGUUUGUUUUUAAUGUACAGUGUAACGUGAUUGUACAUUAUCACCUGAAAAUCCUACUGAGUGAAGAAUGACAAUAAUGAAAGUGACUGAUGAUGUCUAAUGAUUCCGCCUGGUUGCCAGUCAGCGCAGGAGGAAGUGCUCUGAUUAAAACGUAAGAGAAUCAGCCUGCCAGCCAUCCAGUGAGCUCUAAAUCUGCACUGUGUGUGAGAGCGGACGGAGCGAUGGGGCCGAGGAACCUGGAGCAGGAGUUCGAGGAUCAGUUCAACGAUGUGGUUUCCAGACUGCAGUCCAAGCAGCUCUUCCAGUCUGACUGGGACAUCGCCUCGUUUGCAGUCUUCUUCAUCUUCAUCGGUAUGGUUCUGCUGCUCGUCAUCCUGGUCCUCAUCCGCUGUUGCUGCUGCUGCUGCUGCGACGAUGAGAAGCCUCGAAGACGGAAGGUGGGCAUAGACAACAUGGCUCUGGAGCCCUGACAGCUGAAGUUCACUGAUCAAUUAUCGUGAAGGUCGAUGAAGCAGCAAUCAAUAGUCUGUAACCAAAUUUAGUCUGCUUGCACAUAGAAGAGUUGCAUCUCAUGAGCCCCAGUUGAGGAAAUGUAACACACGUGAUCUCACAGACUGUCACUGAUAUGUGGGCUUUAUUGUUUAUUGCUAGGAUACCAGAGAGAAGCUCUCUGUGUUUUUAUGCCUGUGUAGAUCUGAACGUCACUUCCUUCCAUGUUGUUUGCUGAAGGGGUAACAAUUCAAAGUGAAGCUUUUACUAAGAAAUAAAUGCCUAACUAAUCUAACU